UCAACCCUGCCUGAACUUUCCCCGAAAACACAGCUCGCUGACAGAGCGGCAUCCCUGCUGGGUGGAUCCUGCAACUCCUAGAGGGAAUGGCACUUCUUGUUUUUAAUUAGCAAGGUGAAAGGUGAAUUAAAACUAGCUGUUUGGCAAGUCAGUGCAAGAGGCUGACUUCUGAGAGGCUAGAACGAGCCAGAAGAGAACAGGAGCUCCACGGGGGAAGGCAGUGGGUGUGCUGGUGUGGUUGUUUUUUCUGAAUGAACCGCUUGCAGAAGUGACUAAAAAAAAAAAUAUACAGUUUCUUCCUGAAUCCACCGGCAUAGUGACUGAAGAGAGCUCUAGACAGGACAUGGCUCUGAAGACUCACUCCUUGGAAUGUCCUCUUGCUCCCGGCUUAUAAACAACUGUCCUGGGGAAAGGCAGGUUUUACUUAUCCAAAUACAGCCUGACAAAUGGCACUUUGGAACUGUGCUUUCUGAUGACAACGCGUUCGAUUUCUGACAAAGCCUCUCUCGCACGCUGCCCCUGGAGGGGAGUCCUAAGUAAAACUCACCCCGCCUGAAAGUGAGGAUCGCUGGCGGCAGGCUGGCAGCAUGGCAUCUGCCGGGUACCUCAUCACCUGGCUCCUGUGGGGCUACUUGCUGGAGCUCUGGACGGGAGGUCACACAGCUGACACCCCGCACCCCCGCUUACGCCUGUCACAUAAAGAGCUCUUGGAUCUAAACAGAACGUCAGUCUUCCAUAGCCCUUUUGGAUUUCUUGAUCUCCAGACAAUGCUGCUGGAUGAAUAUCAAGAGAGACUCUUCGUGGGAGGCAAGGAUCUUGUGUAUUCCCUCAGCUUAGAACACAUCGGCAGUGACUAUAGAGAGAUACACUGGCCAAGUACAGCAGUAAAAACAGAAGAAUGCAUAAUGAAAGGAAAAGAUGCCAGUGAGUGUGCAAAUUAUGUUCGGGUUUUGCAUCACUAUAAUAGGACGCACCUUCUGACCUGCGGUACUGGAGCUUUUGACCCCCUUUGUGCCUUCAUCAGAGUUGGAUACCAUUUAGAGGAUCCCCUUUUUCACCUGGAAUCACACAGAUCUGAGAGAGGAAGGGGCAGAUGUCCUUUUGAUGCCAGCUCCUCAUUCAUCUCCACUUUAAUUGGUAGUGAAUUGUUUGCUGGACUCUACAGUGACUACUGGGGCAGAGACGCUGCCAUUUUCAGGAGCCUGGGGCGACUGGCUCAUAUCCGCACUGAACACGAUGACGAGCGCCUGUUGAAAGAACCAAAAUUUGUAGGUUCGUACAUGAUCCCUGACAAUGAAGACCGAGAUGACAACAAAGUGUAUUUCUUUUUCACGGAGAAGGCCCUGGAGGCAGAAAACAAUGCCCAGGCAAUUUACACCAGAGUGGGGCGACUCUGCGUGAAUGAUGUAGGAGGACAGAGAAUCCUAGUGAACAAGUGGAGUACUUUCCUGAAAGCUAGACUGGUUUGCUCAGUACCAGGAAUGAAUGGAAUUGAUACAUAUUUUGAUGAAUUAGAGGAUGUUUUUUUGCUGCAUACCAGAGAUCAUAAGAACCCAGUGAUAUUUGGACUCUUCAACACUACCAGUAAUAUAUUUAGAGGGCAUGCUAUAUGUGUCUAUCACAUGUCCAGUAUCCGGGCAGCCUUUAAUGGACCGUAUGCACAUAAGGAAGGACCUGAAUACCACUGGUCGCUCUAUGAAGGAAAAGUCCCUUAUCCAAGACCUGGUUCUUGUGCCAGCAAAGUGAAUGGAGGGAGGUACGGAACCACCAAAGACUACCCCGAUGAUGCCAUCAGAUUUGCAAGAAGCCAUCCACUUAUGCACCAGCCCAUAAAACCUGCCCAUAAAAAACCAAUACUGGUGAAAACAGAUGGAAAGUAUAACCUGAAACAAAUAGCAGUGGAUCGAGUGGAAGCCGAGGAUGGCCAAUAUGAUGUCUUGUUCAUUGGGACAGAUAAUGGAAUUGUGCUGAAAGUAAUCACGAUUUACAACCAAGAAACAGAAUCAAUGGAAGAAGUAAUUCUAGAAGAACUUCAGAUAUUCAAGGAUCCAGUUCCGAUUAUUUCUAUGGAGAUUUCAUCAAAGAGACAACAGCUCUAUAUUGGAUCUGCUUCUGCCGUGGCCCAAGUCAGAUUCCAUCAGUGUGACAUGUAUGGAAGUGCUUGUGCAGACUGCUGCCUGGCUCGAGACCCUUACUGCGCCUGGGAUGGCAUAUCCUGCUCCCGGUAUUACCCAACAGGCACACAUGCAAAACGGCGGUUCCGCAGACAAGAUGUUCGGCAUGGAAAUGCAGCUCAGCAGUGCUUUGGACAGCAGUUUGUCGGGGAUGUUUUGGAUAAGACUGAGGAGCGAUUGGCCUAUGGCAUAGAGAACAACAGUACUUUGCUGGAAUGUACCCCGCGAUCUUUACAAGCAAAAGUUAUCUGGUUUGUGCAGAAAGGACACGACACAAGAAGAGAGGAGGUGAAGACAGAUGACAGAAUGGUUAAGAUGGACCUCGGUUUACUCUUCCUGAGGGUACGCAAAGUGGAUGCUGGGACCUAUUUUUGCCAGACAGUAGAACAUAGUUUUGUCCAUACAAUCCGUAAAAUCACCCUGGAGGUUGUGGAAGAGGAGAGAGUGGAGGAAAUGUUUACCAAAGACUACGAAGAGGACGGGCCUCACAAGACGCCUUGUCCUGUUCAGAGCAGCAUCCCACAUGGAACCAAACCCUGGUACAAGGAAUUCUUGCAGCUGAUUGGUUAUAGCAACUUCCAGAGAGUAGAAGAAUACUGUGAAAAGGUAUGGUGCACGGAUAAAAAGAGAAAAAAGCUUAAAAUGUCCCCUUCCAAGUGGAAGUAUGCCAACCCACAGGAAAAAAAGCUCCGUCCCAAAGCCGAGCAUUAUCGCCUGCCUAGGCAUGUGCUGGACUCCUGAUGGGGCGAAACCAGCUACUGGCUUCUGAAGAAUUUAUAUUUAGAAACCAAAAAAAAAAGAGAAAGAGAAACCAUCCACCUUCUUUGCAUUACUUAAAAGAGAUUUCUGUAAUGCAGAAAGGACUAUAAAGGUGUUAUGGUAAAUUAUUCUAUAUACUCAUUUGACUGGUUGAACCGUACAUAAAAUUACCUGAUUUUUAAAAAACGUUAUUGCUUGAUGAUUUCACAUUAUAUUUAUCGAAAGGUGACCAUAGCUGUAGCUUUGAGUACUUGUCUGCUUUUCCAUUGGCAGUUAUUAUUUUACCCUGGGAAGACUUAAGAUUAUUGCAAUAUUGCUGAAAAAUUAGAGAUUUUCAUAAUCAUGGCAAAAAUAUACGUUUUAAUCCUUCUGAAUUUUGCCUUUCCACCACGAUGUAAAAUAUAUAGAAUAUCAGAUACUUUAACAUUCUCAUGUGAACCAUCUGUAGUCUUUAAGAAUUAUUGUGUUAGUGUUGUCUAAGCCAUGAGCUUUAUGAAGCAGGUGUGUUGUAAUUAUCGUAAACUGUGAAGGAAAAAUUGUGGUCACCUUGAGGCUUGUGCUUUUCAUAAAACAUUCAUUAAACCACAUUCACAAUAGUCCUGUUUCAGGAUGAAAACACAUUCUUUCAAUUUCACUCCAGUGCAGAAAGAAGAAAGUCAAGGUAACUACUCAGAAAAACAGCAAAAUAUGUCAGAACAGCUGGAGUGACAGACUCUAACUGAAAACAUUUUUGCUGCCCUCUUGUGGUAGAAAAGGUAUAUUCUCUUUUUUUUUUUAAUUCUAUGGAUUGUGCAGUAAAGAUCUGAAACCAGUUUCUCAGUAACUGUAUCUAGCUCAUUUUCAGAAAAAAAACUAACUGGAGUAAAAAUGUGUUAAUACCUAUAUCAUGUUUUAAAGUGGAGAUAAUAUGUUUAUUAUUACCUCACAAGCCCAAAAUGAAGAUACUACGGCACUGAAGCUCUAUUAAAACUUAAAUUUUAUGCCUUUUAAAUAGUCUUCCAUGAAAUUUAAAAGAUAUUCCAGAAACAUGUUUUAUUAUUUAAAAAUAAGUAAAGCAUUCUGCUCUCAGACACCAAAAUUUCCUUUCAAUUUUAUAUUAACAAAUAGGAAAAUUGUUUCAUGAGGUUCACUUAACUACUGAGAUGUUUAGAGCACCUUAACUUUUUUCUUAUAAAUCUUAUCAGAAGUUUUUAUUUUUGAGAAUGCUUAUUUCCUGAAGUUUUUUCUUCUGUUUAGCCAUUAACUUUCUAAAAUAUGAAAUUCUGAGAGUUUUCAUUUAGCCACAAAAUAAAAGCAAGUGAAUUACACAUGAAAACAAUUAUGAAUAUUUAAAUGUUAAUUUUGAAUAACGUUAAUUUCAGUUUUCAAAAUUAGCUUAUAGGCUAUACAUUUAAGAAAGUUAAAGUGUUGAUAACUUGUGAUGGUUUGCAAUUUCAUUCAAACAUUAACAAAUUUAAGAAAGUUUGGAAAGUUCAUUCAAUAAGCUGCCAAGCUCCAAAAGUCCUAAAGGAAACAAAUAUAUCAGAAGUUAACAUUCUCUGAAAAAUGCAGUUGUUAUUUACCUAGAAAUCCACUGGAGGUCAUUGCUGCCCACCAAUAUUAACCGAAAACUGUAUUUGUUUCAAUGAAAGCCUGCCCAACAUGGAGAAAUAGAGCCAUAACCACAAAUCACAGGGAGGGUCCUUAGCAAACUUUAUGUCUGAAAUACUCAAAGUGAACAGAUAAGGCAAAGCAUAAUUGAAAAUAUUCUUCCAUUAACACAAGAGAAGGGAAAGUAGGAUUUUCUCCUGAAUUCAAAUUUUUUUUAAAAUAAGGCAGUUGCCGUAUAAGUAGUUAUCACUUUAAAUAACACACACAAGCAUUUAAUAAUAAUGAUAGCAGUGACGUCAAUUGUGAGCUAAAAUAUUUGGUAACUGAAGAGAGAAGACUAAGGAAAAUAACUUUUCUAUGACGUAAGUCUUAAGAAUAAAUGGUCCUACAAGCUGUUCAGCUAAAAUGAGAUGACUAUUUUAACAAGAAAAAGAAAGAAGCUUUUUAAAAUGCUAACUUGAAAGAAGCCUGGUAAGAAAAUUUUGAGGACACAAGUUCACAGUUUAGGGAGAGCACUAAAUUUCACACACACUUAUUUUUCUGUUUUCUCAGUUUCUGUCUCUCUCUCUGUCUCUCUGCCGCCGGCUCCUCCCUCCUCUUUUCUCCCCCCAUACGUGAGUGCAGGUACACAGUCUCACACACACACACACACACACACACACACACAUCAUGACAUACUUUAAGAUAAAUCUCCAUUGCCCUCUCAAAAGACAAACCAACAACCUAUGCUGUCCUGUCCUUGAGAAUCUGAAACAUACCACAAAAACAUACUUGCAAUCUUUUGUUCUGUCUGGCAUUAGAAAUCAAAUUUAGAAUCUCCUUUGCGACAUGCCCAAGCUUGGAAAAUCACAGGUGAAUUGAUCCUUUUUAUCCCCUUUUUCUUGAACUCAGGAAGGGCACAUACUUAGUCACCUGCCUUGACACGAGCACAUUUUCGCCAGACCCCGUGCCCUCUGGGAACACACAGCUGAGAAAGAAACAUAACCCAUAACUACCCAUCCUAGAUUCAAAGGGACACCUCCAUGUGGGGUCAGUCUCCUGCUUCUUCAGCUGUCUUCUAUGUUAUUCUCUGGGAAGGGAGAGGACCUGUGAAUAGAAUGAGUUUGGCAUAGGACAAUGUGCACCUCUGUUUUCAGUUUUGUGUCACCCAUUGAGCUAGAGAUGGAGAUUUGUUAACUAGAAGGAUUACAACUUGAAUGGAUCUUACUUUAUGAUUUGUAACGUCUCUUCCACAUCUAGCCUUCUACAUUGCUAAUGUUUUCUUUUGUGGUUAUUACUGAAUAUUUCAGUGCAAAGCUAUCAACUUGGAGAAACAGGAUUUAAAAAUAGUAAUAAACACUCAUAAGAGCUCUAGCAAAAAGGGAGCAGAAAGUCUUUGCCUGCUUAGUAAGUGGCAAUUCCAUAUAUAUUUUAGAGUUUUUUCCUUCCUAAAGUUAGUUAAAUACUUAGGAUGUUUUUAAUCAAGUGUGUAAUAUUCGCUAUAGGGUGUAGGGUUUUGUAAAUCUUCAUAGUUAUUAUGAACAUUUGUAAAAUUUGUAAAUUACAGUAAAUCGUUUGGAGUGUUAGUGGUAAGCAUGAAACAAACACAGCAGCUGUUGUCCUUGAAUUGUCUUCAGCCUGACUGAUGUAUUAAAAAUAUCACUUAGCGGGCUUCCCUGGUGGCGCAGUGGUUGAGAGUCCGCCUGCCGAUGCAGGGGAGACGGGUUCGUGCCCCGGUCCGGGAAGAUCCCACAUGCCGCGGAGCGGCUGGGCCCGUGAGCCGUGGCCGCUGAGCCUGCGCGUCCGGAGCCUGUGUUCCGCAACGGGAGAGGCCACAGCAGUGAGAGGCCUGCGUACCGCAAAAAUAAAUAAAUAAAAAAUCUUUACGAAAAAUAUCACUUAGCAUUGUAUAGGUAUUUGAGAUCCCAGGAGAAAGUGCCACAGUCAUGAUGCCUGUAAGGAGUUACUGUUAUUUUUCUUAGAGCAAAGUAUCACAUUGAGAUACUUCUUCAAAAGCAGUGCUCAUUUUUCAGGCCAACAACUGUUGCAUUUGAAUCAGAUAUAAAUAAUAGAUUUUCCAGAAACACUUUCGAUUGUAGUAUGUUAUGUAAGCUGGUACGUUUAUUUUAUUUUUGUUGGGAAGAUAGCGUUAUCUUUUUGGCUUUCAUUAUAAACUCAGCGUGUUCUGUUUGUGUCUAACUGGCUUAGUUACAAGCUAGAGGACUGUAUUGGGGUAUUUUUGUCUGUAUGGCUUCCUUUUAUUUGCUUGCCUGUGUCCAUCACAGCAUGUGCCAUAUUGUUUCUUCUUACUGAUGAUAAGCCAUGAGACUUAUUACCAUCUGGUGGCAAGCUGCAAAGACCAUUGACAAUGGGUCUCUUUGACUGUUGCAUGAAUCUGCCACUGUACACUGCAGAAUUUGUACCAUUAUGUAUAAUUUCUAUUUAGUUCAACUUAGAGGAUAAAGAAAUAAAUAUUUGU